AUGGAGAGAGUAAUCCUAUUCUUAGCCCUGUGCACUACUGCAAUAGCAUGUAAAACAUGGCCAAAUGGAACAGACAAAGCAUUUCACUGGUAUCAAUGCAAUUCUGGGCCCGUGAUAUUUCUCAACGCUACACCAUACGAUCAAACAGGGCAAAACUAUGUGUAUCCAAUUCAUCUUGGAAAGCCAAUGAUGGUAAAAUGCGAACUAUUCAAUCCAACAACACACAUCUAUUCGUCCCCAAACCUAAAGCUCACUCUCAAUCUCUGGUCAUGGGGUACUGGUUUGGGCGGUUGCGAUUGGAGUGUGUUGCCUACAUUUGGACUACUGAACAAUCUAGAUGCAUGCUCACAAGGUGUCCCCUGUCCAAUCAAGACUGGUCAUCAAGAGCUCGAUGUCACCGUCGAUUUCAGUCCAUACCAAUCGAUUAUCGACAUUUUGAGAAAUGAUUUACCAUAUCAAAUCAAGUACUUUAUGCAUGAUGUGAUCAGCGGAGAUGAUCUUUGUCUCAUGGGUCAGGCUCGGGUACUCCUGCAUUGA